AGGAGUCACAGGCAUGCAUCAUAAAAAGGAUUGAAGAACUAAAAGAGGAAGUAAUGAACUUGCUUAAAAAUGCUAAUGAUCACUUACAAGAGAUGGAAUUAAUUGAUGCACUUCAACGCCUGGGUGUGGCAUAUCACUUUGAAAAAGAGAUAGAUAAGAUACUAAGACAAAUUUGUAAUGCCCAAAUGGAGGGCGAUGAUUUGCAUACUGUUGCCCUUCGCUUUCGACUCUUGAGACAACAUGGCUACAAUAUACCUGCAAAUGUUUUUAUCAAGUUCAAAGAAGUUGAUGGGAGUUUCAAGGCUAUCUUAAGAAAUGAUGUGAAGGGUUUGUUAAGCCUAUAUGAAGCUACUUAUCUUGGAAUCCCAGAAGAUGAUAUAUUAGAUGAAGCACUUAAUUUUGCAAAACUACAUCUCAAGUCCAUAGAAAGCCAUAUGAGAACACCUCUUACAACACGAGUACUAUAUGCCCUUGAGUUGCCUCUGCAUAGGAGAACGAGGAGGUUAGAGGCAAAGAAUUAUAUGUCCAUUUACCAAGAAGAUGAGGGACGAAUUAAUAUGGUAUUGGAGCUUGCAAAGUUGGAUUUUCAUAUGCUGCAAUCAAUUCACAGAGAAGAAGUUAGAAGCAUCUCUAUGUGGUGGAAAGCACUUGGCGUUGCAAAAAAGCUAACAUUUUGCAGAGAUAGAAUAGUCGAGUGUUAUUUUUGGAGUCUUGGGGUAUAUUUUGAGCCUCAGUAUUCUAGAGCUCGAAUUUAUAUCACCAAGGUGAUUGCUUUACUUUCAAUCAUGGAUGAUAUCUAUGAUGCUUAUGGCAUGGUAGAGGAACUCCAAGCAUUUACUGAAGUCAUCCAAAGGUGGGACAUAGAGGCAGCGGAUCAGCUAGAGGAGGUCUAUAAACUACACUUUUUUAAUCUAUAUAACACAUUCAAGGAAUUUGAGGAUGAGCUCACAAAGGAAGGAAACUCCUACAGAGUGGAAUAUCUAAAAGAAUCAGUCAAAGAAGUAUCAAGGGCUUGUCUUGAAGAAGCCAAAUGGAGGGAUGAAGAUUAUGUGCCAUCUCUUAAAGAACAUCUGACUGUUUCAUUGAUCUCCUGUUGCUAUGCUGCGUUAUCUUGUGCUUCUUUUGUUGGCAUGGGAGAAGAAGCAACAAAGGAGGCAUUCGAUUGGGUUACAAGCUUCCCAAGAAUCAUAAAGUCUAUUUGCUCAAUCUGUCGGUUCUUAGAUGAUGUUGUGUCCGAUGAGUUUGAACAUGAGAGGAAGCAUGUCUCAUCGGCCGUCCAUUGCUACAUUAAAGAGCAUGGCACUUCAAUGCAGGAGGCAUGUGAGAAGCUACUAGGAAUGGUUGAAGACGAUUGGAAAAUUCUAAACCAGGAGUGUCUUAGUACAACUGCUGUGCCAAAAUCUUUGAUCAUGCGCAUCAUCAACCUCGCACGAAUUAUGGAAAUCAUAUACAGGAAGUAUGAUUCAUAUACGCACUCUUCAGGUAUAAUGAAGGAUCAUAUCACAUCGUUGCUGGUCGAGCCCAUUUCCUUCUGAGAAGAAAAUGGUCCUUUUGUUCCUACAAGUUCAGUGACAUGUUGAUGAUGUUGUAGAUUUGGAAUUUCCUAUUGUUGGUCUUUCUUGUGUAAUGGGGAAUAUGUGCUCUGCUUCCAUAUCUGUUCUUGAUAUCUUGUAGCGUGUAAUCCUCUAGAACACUUAUUAGUGUGGUAUGAGCGAGUUAAUUCUCAAUAAAAAAUGUAUGAUUUUAUAAUUCUCCA